GGAGGGCCCUGCAGCCGUUGUUCUCUGGCAGAAACCCCGUAGUGCGACACAGCAGCGCCAUUCGGUAACCGCUACAGUAUCCAAAAUGGCUGGAGCCGAUGGAGACGACUCUCUCUACCCUAUCGCCGUUCUCAUUGAUGAACUGCGAAAUGAGGACGUUCAGUUACGUUUGAACAGCAUCAAGAAGCUAUCCACCAUUGCUCUGGCCCUGGGUGUAGAGAGGACUCGCACUGAACUCCUUCCUUUCCUUACAGACACCAUCUAUGAUGAAGAUGAGGUCCUCUUGGCUCUGGCUGAGCAGCUCGGCAAUUUCACUAUGUUGGUGGGAGGGCCGGAGUAUGUCCACUGUCUCCUGCCUCCUCUGGAGAGUCUUGCAACAGUGGAAGAGACGGUAGUGAGAGACAAAGCCGUGGAAUCCCUGCGUAAGAUCUCUCAAGAGCACUCUCCAGUUGAUCUGGAGGUCCAUUUUGAGCCUUUAGUCAAGCGGCUGGCCAGUGGUGACUGGUUCACUUCUCGCACAUCUGCCUGCGGCCUCUUUAGUGUGUGUUAUCCUCGUGUGUCCAGCACUGUCAAGGCUGAGAUCCGCCAGCAUUUCCGCACCUUGUGCUCCGAUGACACUCCUAUGGUGCGUCGCGCUGCAGCAUCCAAACUGGGCGAGUUUGCCAAAGUACUGGAGCUGGAUUAUGUAAAAAGUGACAUAAUUUCCCUCUUCACUGCUCUGGCCUCUGAUGAGCAGGACUCAGUGCGGCUGCUUGCAGUCGAGGCAUGUGUCAGCAUUGCCACUUUGCUGCCUCAGGAGGACCUGGAGACCCUAGUGAUGCCAACCUUGCGCCAGGCUGCGGAAGACAAAUCCUGGAGGGUCCGUUAUAUGGUGGCUGACAAGUUCUCCGAGCUCCAGAAAGCCGUGGGGCCAGAGAUCACAAAGAACGAUCUGGUACCAGCUUUCCAGAAUCUCUUGAAGGACUGUGAAGCUGAGGUCCGUGCUGCUGCAGCCAACAAAGUCAAAGAAUUCUGCGAGAACCUCCCAGAGGAUAAUCGUGAGCAAAUCAUCAUGACUCACAUCCUACCCUGCGUCAAGGAACUUGUUUCAGACACCAACCAGCACGUGAAGUCAGCCCUGGCCUCAGUCAUUAUGGGCCUUUCAACCAUUCUGGGCAAGGACAACACAAUAGAGCACUUACUGCCUCUCUUCCUGGCUCAGCUCAAGGACGAGUGCCCCGAGGUGCGUCUCAACAUCAUCUCCAACCUAGACUGUGUGAACGAGGUGAUUGGCAUAAGGCAGCUCUCCCAGUCUCUGCUGCCAGCCAUUGUCGAGCUGGCAGAGGAUGCAAAGUGGAGGGUCCGUCUCGCCAUCAUAGAGUACAUGCCUUUGUUGGCAGGACAGCUGGGAGUGGAAUUUUUUGACGAGAAGCUCAACACCCUUUGUAUGGCCUGGCUUAUUGACCACGUGUACGCGAUCCGUGAAGCAGCCACCUGCAACCUAAUGAAGCUGGUGGAAAAGUUUGGCGCCGAGUGGGCCCAGAACACCAUCGUGCCCAAAGUGCUGGGCAUGGCCAACGACCCCAAUUACCUCCACAGGAUGACCACUCUGUUCUGCAUCAACGCUCUGUCAGAGGUGUGUGGCCAGGAGAUCACCACAAAGCAGAUGCUGCCGGUGGUCGUGAAGAUGUCCAACGACCAGGUGGCUAACGUACGCUUCAACGUCGCCAAGUCCCUUCAAAAGAUCGGACCCGUCCUCGACUGCAAUGCCCUUCAAGCAGAAGUGAAGCCAGUGCUGGAGAAGCUGUCUGCAGACUCAGACAUGGACGUCAAGUACUUUGCCCAGGAGGCUUUGAGUGUUCUGGCCCUAGUAUAACCAACUCAUCAAAACUUAAACAAGACACCCACCCAAGACAAAAAAAAAAAACGCAACACUUUUACAAGAUAUUUAUUGAUGUUCAGGAACAACUGGUUAAUGUAUAGAGAAAGCUGUUAACAACUGUUUUAUCCCUUUUUUCUCUUUCUCAUUUUUUACUGUCUGAUGGUAGUUCAUCCACGUCCAGGCAUGGCACACAUGCUUCUUUGUUAAUCUUCCUCUUUGCUGUAAAUGAUUGCUUUUACAAUAGCAAAGUGUGAUGAAACUGAAUUAAGUGGUGCAUGCUGACUAAUGUGCUACUGUAGUCGCUAAGCAUUGCUAAACAGAACCCCUCUCACAUUCCUCCCUCUUCUCGGUCUCUGUUGUACUUUUAGCCGCAGUCGUCGCAGCGUUACCACAUGUAUGUUCGCUACUUAGGGCCGCGCCAACUCUCUGUGCUGCUGCUGCUGCUGCUGCACGUUUUCUCCCAGCGCUAGAUGGAAACUUUUUAGCGGCAGAUGGUGCAACAAGCUGUUUAUUUUGCUGAGCUUCCUUCUAAAUCAGCCCCUUUGAUAGCCGUCUUUUCCCAGAGACACUGGUGUGGCUCUGCAGAAGCGAUUUAAAGUUCCGUGCACGUCUAGUCGUGUUUUUAUUCCAUCAGACCAAACCUGUUGUCUCCUAAAAGCUUCACAGGAUUGUAAUGUAAAAAAAAAAAAAAGCUCCGACAAGGAAAUAAUCCAGUAGUGCAUGUAACCUCAUGAACUCAAUGAUGUACUUAAUCAAUUUCAAAUAGCGUACGUUCCCAGCUCUCUACCAGACUACCGUGCUCCCACCGCAUGGUUUGUUCUCUGCAGCAACACAGACGAAUUGGUCAAACAAACAAAUUACCUCGGCCCAAUGUAAUAGGGACCAGCUCAGUUGUAAAGUGUUGCUCCUAAUUAACCCUCCUCUAAAUCCUUAGUGAUUUCGUUGAUGUGAAGGGGUGGGAAGUAGUAGUCAGUUGUAAUUUUCUGCAUUAUGUUCUCGGCAUUGCUCUUAAUCUUCGUGCCAAUGACUUUGAUAAGCGGCCGCGUUUUCUUUUAGUGCGUCUGGGUAAACACUCUUCACCUGUCCUGUUCCCGUGGAGGCACAACGCCGUUCUUUUCUGUGAGGAACAGUUUAUUCGCUUGACGUUAAUGGGAUGGUAAAACUAAACUGACUGCAGCUUUCAGGGCUAACACAAAGCCUCGGCACUCCUUGUGCACGAGAGCCGCCCAGUUUUCCUGUAAAUCCGCGUUAAGUCCUCCACUGAACACGAGGUUUAAAAGCAUAAGGUCAGCGAGCGAUUAGGACCACCUCCUUUGGAUCUUGGCUUGAAAACCUCUGCGCGAUGGAGAACAAGUGGAUGGUUUCAAAGGAAGUGGGACGGGGGACGUGGAGCGUGUGCGUAAGGCUGCAUAAUGUUUUAUUACGGGGUGGGAGCUGUGGGGGGUUUUUGGGCGGGUUGAAUAAAUGUUUCAUUUGUGUUGAUAAAAGAAACUUUUGUCUUUUCCCUGAACUACUCCUGCUGUUCCCUUCCCCUCCUCCCCCCUCCCCCUCAUUCUGUUCUGUUGAAUAAACCUUGAUUGUUGAUUGUCCUGUAUCACGAAGACUGUGCUUUUGUUUUUAUUUUGAAUUCUCUCCACAAUUGGGAUGCUGUACUACUGUAUCUUGAUCUGAAUAAAGUAACACAGAGGAACA